AGAAGACGGCGCCAUUUUGCUCGGGCCUAAAAACAAGAUGGCGACGAUCAAUGUUAUCGGUUCAGAAGUCGAAUUACCAGUGCAAGAAGUUGAGGUUGAGACCAUACCGGUAGAAAAUAUAGAAACUGUCGAAACUACGAUUGAAGAAACACAACCUAUGAUCGCACUGCAACCGUUACCAGUCUCUGAUCGAGAAGAUAUAGAAUUGCAAACGAGAGAGGAAAUUGUCGGCGGGGACCCAGAAGACAUCCAUGCCGCAAACUCGAUUAUUGAUAGCGUUCCAGUUCCUGCGCCCGACUAUAUUGAUGAAAUGCAGGUUACGACGGGGCGACGAGGUCGCCGAGGGAAGAAAUCUUCGAAAAAGAACUCUGCGGCAUCAGGCGAGCUCACAUUCGACAUCGACAAGAAUACGAGAAAAUGGGAACAAAAGCAAGUACAAAUAAAAACUCUCGAGGGAGAAUUUUCAGUAACCAUGUGGGCCUCAGAAGAGAAAAAACAACUAACAGAUGAUAGUGACUUGAUAGCAGAACCAGAAACACAGACUGUUAUCUUACAGCAAGCACAGCCAAUAAUUCAAAUUCAACAACCUACACAACAAAUACUUUCUCAGUCCAGUCACAUACCAGAUUAUUCAGAAUAUAUGACUGGUAAGAAGCUGCCACCAGGUGGUCUGCCGGGAGUUGAUCUUAGUGAUCCUAGACAGCUAGCUGAGUUUGCUAAGACAGCCCCCCAAGUCCCAGAAUUUAUGCUUGGAAAAUCAACACCUAAUAUUCCAACUUCAAUGAGGCCCAAGAAGCCAAAAGAUGAAGAUAUUGCAAGAACUAUAGCAUGUCCACAUAAGGGUUGUACGAAGAUGUUUCGAGAUAAUUCAGCAAUGAGGAAGCACUUACACACUCAUGGCCCCAGAGUACAUGUCUGUGCAGAAUGUGGAAAAGCUUUUGUAGAGAGUUCAAAACUUAAGAGACAUCAGCUGGUUCAUACAGGUGAAAAACCAUUCCAGUGUACCUUUGAAGGAUGUGGUAAGCGUUUCUCACUGGAUUUCAAUCUGCGUACUCAUGUAAGAAUCCACACUGGUGACAGGCCUUAUGUGUGUCCAUUUGAUGGCUGCAACAAGAAGUUUGCUCAGUCUACUAAUCUAAAGUCACACAUACUCACUCACGCCAAAGCCAAAUAGUUUACUUUUUCCACAGUUGUCAAAAAGUUACAUUGCUUCUUUUUUGAAGCCCACAGUAAUGUGUAAUGUUACUGUUUGUUGUUACACACAUUCUAGCUCCCAUAAUUGUGGAGGCGAUGCUUUACAGCUGAAUGUUUUUAAUGCUGUUGGAAUGUCACUAAGACCUGUAUAUUUAAAUAAUGGGGGAUAUUAGAACUGGAGAACAUGAUCGGCUCUGUUUCAUGUCAUGUUCACUACUCAUAUUUUAUGGAUUAUUUUUGGUCAUUCAACAACUGUUCCUAUGAUCUUUAUCGGAAUAGUAAAUUUGUGUUUUUUUCUUAGUAACUGCAAUUACGUUGGAUUUACCCUGCAACAGUGGAUAUGAUGCCUGGCAAUGUAAUGUGCACACACAUACACCUCUCGCAUACUACACCGUGGUAUUCAAAAGUUGAUUAAUUCAAUAUUUAAAGUUUCAAAUCAUUUCUUCCAUCAACUUAGUGUUUAAAUCAAUUUAGAAGGUUUGGACUGAAUUGAAAACACACUUCAUACUUUUGGUAAUGGGAUUACUGGUAUGCCCAUUAGCAUUAUACAGAAAGGGGUCACCAAACAAUCUUUUUUUUUUUAAAAAAAAUCUUGGAAAGGGCAACAUUUUCAUGUUAUUUUUAUUUUUGCAUUAGUUUCCAUGCUGAAAGUAUUACUUCAUUUCAAUAAAUUUCAUGUGUUGAUAUAUUGAUAUGAAUCCCAAUAUUGUGAAUUCUCAGCCAAUGUCAUUUACUUUAAUUAAUUAGUAUUCAUAGUCAUUAUCUCCCCCCUUCCAUGUAAGAUUUGAAAUCUUCUUAAUUCAUAUCUGCUAAUUAUACUAGUUUCAGCCACCACCCACCUUUUAUGAUAAUUAAAUGAGGUAAUCUGCAAACUUGUAAAUAAAGAUGAAAGCUAAAUAGACUGCCAUUCUUUGAUUUUUUUCGCAGUCUGUUGACAAGUCACAGUGAAUUGUUUGACACUUGAUCAUAUAUAUAUCUUUCAUUGUGCCUGUUAACAUAGUACUGAAUCCAUAACUAUAAUCAGGCAAUUCUUGUUGGAACCUGUUAGCAGUCAUUGUCCCUAUUUAAUUACAGUUUUCUAUUAUCAUAUAAUACAACAAUUUACUUUUUUGGAGGCAUGAACCGAUUCAGGAGUUACUUCCAUAUUUUACCUUGCACAUUUGCAAUCAUAGGGUGUUUGAGAAUUCUGAUUUUUAAAACAGAAAUGCCUUGCAGUAGAGUGCUAGAAAUACAUAAAGUGGUGAUUUUAUGUUUGUAUUACUUUACUGAUAAUUGAUUUCAAUAUGGGCCACAUACAAUAAUAAUUCAGCUCCACUUAAAAUGUCUCGAUCACUUUUUAUUAUAUCAAUAUUUUAGUGCACUUGUUUAUUUGUCAAAAAAAUAUAUUAUUUUUGGACCAGAAACUAAGUUAGUAUUCUAUUCAAGUUGGAUCAAUGUAAUUUGUUGUGAUGUUCAAUAACUUUAAAAUGUUGCAUAUUUUUGGACUAUGAAUUGUUGCACGAUGUGUGCCUUUGUUCAUGUACGCAUCACAUGGAGCACAAAACUGCUAUAUUGUAGUGUCUGCACAAAUAUUGUUCCACUGAUAUCUCAAGAACUAGUUGUCUCAUUCAUGUAAUGUACAAAACAAAUUAUACAAGACUAGUGCAAAAUCUGUUAAGUUUUGUGUACAUAUUAAUUAGUUUAAUUUGCAUAUUAUCAUUUUAUCAUAUAUUUCACUCGUUCAAACGGUUCAAAUUAAAUGUACAUAUUUACAAAAAUCAUUGUACGAGAUCUAGUUAUUUUUAUUCUACCAAAUGGAUCGCACAAAAUGUCAAUUUCUGUGACACGACACAUACUGAUACGAGUGGUAAAUCUGAUCAAACUUCUGAAUGGCUAAACACAGCACAGGCAUGCAGGUCUGAAUUUCAAUUUAAAAUUGAAUAGUGGUUUGUAAACUGCAUGUACUAUUGACAGCUUGCUAACUUUUGAAUGUUUUACAUCUUCAUUUAAUUGUUGUGAUCCAGUAUGGCCAACUGGUUGAUAUUAUACAGUCGCGAACAUCUGCACAUCCAAUAUUGGGGGUCCCUUGAUAACUUUUGCUGAAAUCCUACGAUAACCAAUUUUGUUUUUUAAAAACUGAUGACCAUUUCCGGCUUUUAUAGGAAGUGAAUAGGCCAAUUUCAUAUGAACUUUUAACUGUCUUCCAUUGUGUUCAUGCAGGUUUUUCUUGGAAGUGGUGGUCAUGGUAGUUUGUUACAUUGUUUAAAAUCUGAACAGUUCAGACUUGCAUGGGCUGGUGUCAUGUUUAGCUACAUGCGCAUUUGGACAGUGUUUUAGAACUCUAUGCAGCUCAUUGCUACAUGUAAAUUAAUUGGGAUAGUUAUAUACACCUGUAUAUGCUUUUGAAGGGUAUCAAAUGUGUGUGCUGUUAAAGAAGUCUUCAUAAACAGAAGUUGAACAGAUUAUCAUGUUUAUUUAAUGGGUGGGUAGUAUGCAGUUCAGAGAAAUAUCUUGCAUAAAAAUAAUAUUUAAUAUCCUGUCAAAUAUCUCGAAAAUAACCCGAAUACCAUACCUUGUAUACACACUUUUCUUAUUUAAUUAUUUUGUUUUAACAUUCAACUACAUAAAUGUCAAUUUUUAUUAUGGCAUGAAAUGUAGCUUUAUCUUUGUAUCUGCCAUUUUAGGACGUGUAAAACUACAUCUUUUCUAUAUCUAUAUGAAAAACAAUUGUAAAAUAAAUUGCAUGACAACAUGCAUCAUCUGAAGUAGUGUAGUAUUCUGUCGAGUCUGCUUUGGGUAUAUCUAGAAUACUUUAAUGUCGG